ACACAUAAAUUAUAAUUUCAUGCUUAGUUGUGCACUCAUUUAUUUUAUAUACUUUGUUCGAAUCUAAAGUAUUUGUGCUAUUUGCAUGAAAUUUUAAAAUAUUUAAUUUAGUAUCUGUUAGAAUGCCUAAAAUCAAAACAGAAAUCAAUCAGCAUCGAGCUGCUGUACAAACAAGACAAAUCUUUAACAAUAUGUAUGUACGUCAACGAGAACUUGGUAUGCAUUUUCCUAUGGGGCACAGUGAUCGGUUUUAUAAAACAUUAUAUACAUCGAUGCAGCCUAUUACAUCAUGGGAUCAUAGUGAAAAAGUGACAUGCGCAAUUCAUGGAGGUGUCUUUAAUUUAGAAUAUUCUCCAGAUGGAUCACUUCUGCUGGCAGCUUGUGAAAAAAAAAGCAUUUUAAUGUUUGAUCCACUUUCCAGAAAAUUAAUUCAUUCUAUUGAUAAAGCUCAUAAUGACUGUGUUAAUGGUGCUAGAUUCCUUGAUCAGAGAAUGUUUGCAACAUGCUCUGAUGAUAGUACAGUAGCUUUAUGGGAUGCAAGAAAUAUGAAACAAAGGAUAAGAACAUUACAAGGUCAUUCAAAUUGGGUGAAAAAUAUAGAAUAUAGUCCAAAAGAUAAAUUAUUAUUAACUAGUGGUUUUGAUGGUAUUAUAUUUACAUGGGAUAUUAAUAGCUUCACAGAAAAUAGUUGUCUGUCUACACGAGUUUUUCAAACUAAUGGCUUGAUGAGGACGAGAUUAAGUCCAGAUGCAACUAAAAUGUUAAUAUGUACAACUUCAGGAUAUCUGAUUCUCAUUCAUAAUCUUAAUCUUAGUACUUUAAAUCAAGAUUUGGCUGGAUUUAAGCCAAAUAUGUAUCGUUUAAUGCAACUGUCACAAACAACAAUUCCUGUAGCUGCAAGUUUCACACACUUAUUUUCUAGUUCUCGAGCUCACAAUCGCGUUGAGUUUGUCACUGACUUUCCUCAAGGAGAUGAUGCUGAAGUCAUAUCUAGUUUACAAGUACACCCUCAUGGUUGGUGUGCUCUUUCACGAAAUGUGAGCGCUGGUGAAAAAUCAGAGUGGACGUGUAUUCACGAUAUUCAGGAGCGUGAUACACUUGACUUAACGGAGCAACAGAAUCAUUAUCAACAAAAAGACGAUGGUGACAUGUCUCCAUCAUUAUCUUCCCGCUUUGGUGAUUUUGCGGUCGAAGAUUUUGACGAUAAUCAACCUCAACAGCCCUCGCGAUCGGGUAUUACCUCAGCUUUUGUCAUUGACAGCGCAAAUCGAGCACGUAUCGUUCAAACAAUGACACCUGACUCCUUAGGACGCUCUAGUUCUUUUAACUCUAGAGAUGCAAUUCAACCGAACCGACCAUCAAGAACUAGUAAUUGGCAGGAGCACUCACUUAGGCGAAAUAUGCGCUCAAAUAUAACACAUAGAAACAUGCCUGUGGGUAGAUCUUCGAGAGCCUCAAAUUUUGGAGUUGUCGUAGAGGUAGAUGACGCAGAUGUUGAUAGUUUCCCACCAAGAAAUUAUGGAGUUGAUAGACUGAGAGAUGUUGAAGAUAACGACGAAGAGCUGAAUCACAAUCCUGGUAGACGAACAGGUCAGCGCCGAGGUUCUCAAAGCAAUGACUUACAACCUAACAACACUCACCGACGGCGUAAUAGUUCCGUAGAAAAUGGUAAUUUCUCCACAGGUAAUGUCGAGCUUCACGUCAAUUCUAGCGAUGUUUGGGAAGCUUUAGUUGCCAUUCGAGAAGCAAGACUUAGACGCGAAAGUGAGCGUGAAUUCCAUCUAGAUCGGCAGAAUAGUAGCGGUGUCAGCGUUAAUAUACCACGCUCCUCUCAUACAGUGGUAAUAGUUGGUGAUCGACGACCUCAAAGCCAGAAUCGACAAGGCACACAAAUAAUGUACGCAAUCCCGAGGAAUCACCGAAUCCAUCAAAAUACACCAAGGCUUACACACUAUAUUGAAGAGCCCAAUGUUGGUUCAGGCUAUAUUAAAGAGUUGUGUUUUUCAGCCGACGGACGGUUAAUAUGCUCUCCUUUUGGGAAAGGUCUGCGAUUAUUAGCUUUCUCAAAUCAAUGUCAAGAACUCGCUGAUUGUGUACCUUUUCCGAGUGAAUCAUCUCAGUUGGUUGAGGUAGCAUCCAGUUAUAGUCAUGAGGAUAUUGUUGUUAGUACGAAAUUUUCGCCAAGACACUGCCUUUUAGUAUCUGGGUGUCUGAGUGGCAAGAUUAUUUGGUAUCAACCAGUAGUUUGAAGAUAUUGACGCGCUAUUAAAUGUAUAGUUUUCAUUCAUCGUAAGAAGACGGUACAAACUGCUACUUGUAGAUUUUUUCUUGUUGCAGGUAUUUCAAGCGGCAAUUAUUUUAGGUGAAGAUUUUGUAAAUAUUUAUUAUUUUUUUAAACAAUUUUUUUUA